AUGUCCUUUGGCUUUACUAACGUACCUGCAACUUUUCAAGGGCUGAUGAAUGACAUAUUCAAGCUCUUCUUAAGGAAGUCCAAAUGCAAGUUUGGAUUGGAGGAAAUCGACUACUUGGGCCAUGUAAUUUCUGCUAAGGGUGUGAGGGCUGAUCCUUCAAAAUUAGCAGCUAUGCUUGAAUGGCCAAUUCCUGGAUCUUUGAAGGCAUUGAGAGGCUUCCUUGGUCUCACUGGAUACUAUAGGAAGUUUAUAAAAAAUUAUGGCACUAUCGCAACACCAUUAACUAAUCUGUUAAAGAAGAAUGCUUUUGUUUGGAGUGACAUUGCUACUCAGGCCUUUAGCAAGUUGAAGAAGGCAGUUACUGAACCUCCUAUCUUGAGGUUACCUGGUUUUUCUAAGGCCUUUACAAUAGAGUGUGAUGCUUCUAAUGUAGGGUUGUGGGUUGUCCUUAUGCAAGAAGGCUAG